AUGGAUCGUCUCUUCUUACUCUCCCUCUUUCUCAGCCUAACUAUUAUCUCCUCCGUCGCUGCGUUGACGGAAGCCGACGGUGAGACCGUCUCCGCUCUCCAAGACGAUCCGUUGAUCAGACAAGUAGUAUCGUCGGACGGCGAUGAAGAUCCGCUUCUGAACGCCGACCAUCACUUCUCGCUAUUCAAGGCUAAAUUCGGCAAAACCUAUGCCACUCAGGAGGAGCAUGAUUACAGAUUCUCGGUGUUCAAGUCUAACUUGCGCCGAGCUAAGCGUCAUCAGCUUCUCGACCCUUCCGCUGUCCACGGCGUCACUAAGUUCUCCGACUUGACGCCCAAGGAGUUCCGCCGUAACUUCCUCGGACUUCACAAGCAGAAGCGCCGGCUCAGGCUUCCUGCCGACGCUAAUAAAGCUCCGAUUCUCCCUACCGAGAAUCUUCCGGCUGAUUUUGACUGGCGUGACCAUGGUGCCGUAACCGGCGUCAAAGAUCAGGGUUCGUGUGGCUCGUGCUGGUCGUUCAGUACAAUCGGAGCAGUGGAAGGAGCUCACUAUUUGGCGACUGGAGAGCUUGUCAGUCUCAGUGAGCAGCAACUUGUAGAUUGUGAUCACGAGUGUGAUCCAGAAGAAUAUGGUUCCUGUGACUCUGGGUGCAAUGGCGGAUUGAUGAACAACGCUUUCGAGUACAUAUUGAAAAAUGGUGGAGUUGAACGGGAGAAAGAUUAUCCCUACACAGGCACUGAUCGUGGAACAUGCAAAUUUGACAAGAGCAAAAUUGCUGCCAGUGUCUCAAACUUCAGUGUUGUGUCCAUUGAUGAAGAACAAAUUGCUGCGAAUCUGGUGAAGAGUGGACCUCUUGCAGUUGCGAUCAAUGCCGUGUGGAUGCAAACAUACAUGAGAGGAGUUUCUUGUCCAUACGUUUGUUCAAAGCACCAGGAUCAUGGAGUCCUUUUAGUUGGAUAUGGCUCAGCUGGAUAUGCUCCUAUUCGGCUCAAGGAAAAGCCUUACUGGAUUAUAAAGAACUCUUGGGGUGCGAACUGGGGAGAGGAAGGAUAUUACAAGAUCUGCCGGGGUCAUAAUCCAUGCGGGGUAGAUUCGAUGGUGUCUUCAGUGGCUUCUAUUCACAUUCCCUCUCAGUAA